AUGGCGACUCUGUGGCAUAUUCUGAAUGGAGCAUACACAAAUUACAGCUGGAACACGACGACUAAGUGGCUGCUCACACAACAUGGUUGGCCGAUUGUGGCUGUCUUAAUUCUGGUAGGAAUUUUGACAGCAUGCGUCAUCGCAAUUAACGGCUUUGUUAUUCUACAUUUCAUACUGAACUGCAACCUUCUGUUGAAGCACAGAAAUGCGUUCAUCUUCAAUAUGGCAGUUGCUGAUUUCCUCAUCGGAACGCUGGUCAUGCCGAUGUUCUUCUUUCAGAUGUUGACUAAAGGAGCAUGGCCUUCACGAGCGACCAUACCAUGCCGCGUUUUGUGUUCACUGGAUGUCAUCUGCUGUACUGUGUCAAUCGUCACCCUGUGCUGCAUCAGUCUAGACCAGCUAUACGCCGUAAUCAAACCCAUACACUACCACGUGGCCACGACCAGUGGAAAAACGCUUGCAGUCAUCCUGGCCAUCUGGGCCUAUUCAUCUACGCUUCUGAUGUUGACGAUGCGAUGGACCACUCCAGAGGAAGAAGAGUGGCGUCUUAGUUUGCGCUGUUCCAUCACAAAAGAACUGCCAUGGUUUGUGACUGCGGCAACAUUCUCCUUCUACAUUCCGCUGUUGAUCAUCGUUAUCGUCCAUUUAAAGAUCUACCACGUGAUUCGACAACGCAACCUCAGCCUUCAAGUGUAUCAGUACGGCAACAUUGCAUGCAUUGUUAACAGCAGCGAUGAUCAUAAGUCCUUGAUCGUCGGAUUCCACUCUCAUCACAACUGGAAAUCUGAUCGAAUCAUACUCAAAACUGUAGCAACAUUCGCAAUCCUGUGGCUGCCGUUUUUCUUGAUUUGCUGCGCAGGUACUAAUCACUUUUGA